AUGAACAUGAUGUUCUCUCAAGUAAAAGAUUCCGGAGGUAAAAUAGUCCCCCGUUCGGAUCUCCGGGUGGGGACUACUAGAGAGGAAAGAAUGGUCAAGAAAAGUAGACAAGAUAGAAAAAUAGCAACCUGGAAUGUACGAACCCUAUUACAAUGUGGGAAACUGGAUAAUCUAAAAAUAGAAAUGGCAAGGAUGAGCAUUGAUAUUCUAGGAAUUUCUGAAGUAAGAUGGCCUGAAAAUGGAGAUAUAUGGAGUGGAUAUUAUAGAUUUAUAUACUCAGGCACAUCUGUUGAGAACCCUGGAAGGGGAGGAGUUGGCAUAAUGUUUAGAAAGGACAUUGGAAAGUAA